UCCUGCGUUUGUAUCAGUGCUCGAAUUCUAUACCUGUUGAUUGUAUGUAACCUCAUGCAGCUAAUGGCGAAGACUUCGAUGUCUAGGCUGAAAGUGUGCCCAGGAAGUUUUGUUGGAUUUCAGCCAUUAAUUACGAAUUGUGUGGCAUUAGCUCACUGGCAUUACUGCACGAUUUCAAAUACUUGCCAAACUCAAGAAUUUGUAGUCGAUCUUUUUAAACGAUGUCUGCACACCAGUAUGACACAGAAUGAGCAGCAGCCCAAAUUUUCAGUCAAGGCUGGAGUCACCACAGAAUGAUUUUUUCAAUUACUUUAGGUGCUGCAUGCGGUGGUUGCCAUGCUUGCAGAGCAGGCGCCAGGUGCAUCCAUCUGCAAGCAAUCUGGUGGAAAAUAAAUUCAUCGUUUUAAGCACGCAAAAAUUGAUUAGAGUUAUCCAUAUGGACUAUGAGUCAAAAAUUCCACCCAUCAGAGACAGCCUUACAGGCAAUGUCAGCCAGCCAACUGCUACAAAUUCGAGGAACUGCUCUAAAAUAUUAUCACCUGACAUUGAGUGCAGUGAUUAUAAAAGGAGAAGCCAUUCAAUGAUAUCCAAUACUUCAGAGCAGUCAUCAGAGGAUUAUUGGUUCACUCAUUGGAGUAGACCGGCUAAACCGAUGGAUAGUUGUAACUGUUCUUUUAGAACAUCAUGGCGCUCCUCACUAAGAGAUUCCAGAUUUUCAGAUAUCCAGAAUGCACUAUCUGAAGUAAAAGAAUGUCUCUACUCUCCUCAAGAGGAAACUAACACUCAAGUGAUCCAGCCAACUACGGUACAUAGUUUUGCUAACAACCUUGUAGAAAAAAUUUUAGUUGACGUUAUAGAUCAUUUGGCAAGUGAUGAGUCAAAGAACGGUAUUGCUGCAAAGACUAACAGAGCAUUUAAUAUUAAUUCCACUCUUCAUAAAGAUGAGUUUAACUUUAGUACAAAAGAUCUGAAGUUUUCUUCAAAUGGUUGCGUGCAGAAUGGAAGAGGUGUUUUGAAUCCGUCUUUUGCUGAUCACCCUUCUGAUCCAGUCGUUGCAGCAUGCAAUGAUAUAAUUGGAUUGGAAGACAUUAAUUUUAAAGUAAAUCGAUCAGAGCGACUUCAGCCUAACUUCAUCAGUUUAAAUAAGUCAGCAAAAAACAUAUUUGAGACAAGGGAUUGUUCCAGCGAAUCUGUAGAACUGAAAAUUACUGACGCUGAAAAAUCGUUGAGUAACAAAGUAAAGGCAGUUGAGCAGACUGGUUCUCCAACUGGCAACAAAGUACAACCCCUACUUGAAGAACCCCCUGUUAUCACUAGAACAGCACACUCUAAGUGUCAUCAGAAAUGCACCCACAGCAAAAACAAUAAAAGACUGAAACCACCUCUUUAUUUCCUGCAUGGUGCUGGCUCUUCAGCAGACAUUUGGUUAAGAGUAAUGAAACAUUUUGCUAAAAUGGGAUUUGAAGUUGUUGCUCCAGACAUGUUGGGUCAUGGUUACAGCUCUGCUCCUGACAGUCCAGCACUAUACUCAUUCAGUAAUAUACUGAAAGAUGCUGUAGAAAUAUUUGAUAAGUUCAUAAGUGAACAGCAGAAAUGUGUCAUCAUUGGUCAUGCAUAUGGAUGCAGCUUAGCUGUUGCAAUUAGUCGAUGCCGUCCUCAGCAAGUGAUCCAGCUUGUCCUAAUCAGUGGUGGAGGUCCUACACCGCUUGCUCCACAUACUGUAGACUGUAGGCCUGUAUCCAAUUCUGGGUGCCUAAUGAUGUGCAUGCAACCUCUUCUGAAAUGUGGCUUUAGAAGGAAUGUAUUGUAUUCUACAUAUGGGAAGCAUAUGGUGUCAUGUGAUGUUGCUGGCAGUGGUGUACCACAGUAUGUAUUGGACUACUUGGCACAAGGACAGGACUGGCCUGAAGGAGAUGCAGCAUUUCAUAGGCGUAUCACUAUUCCCACUCUCCUAGUUCAUGGCAUGCAAGAUCCUCUUGUUCCUCUUGUCCAUGAGUGUGAGAUGGAAAGGACCAUUCCACGUUCUUUCCUUGAAGUAAUACCAAAUGCUGGCCACUUUGCUAUGUUGGAAACUCCUGAAAAGCUUAUCCACAUGAUUCGAUGCUUCAUUGAUUGGUGGAACACAUAAUUAAUUUUGAAAUUUCUGGCAUACAUGAAUGCAGAAGCAUUGCUUAUAUGUAUUACAAUUGUUCAUACAUUCCUUAUUAAUGAAUGUUACAUGUUAGUGCUUGAAUUCAGAGAUUAGGAAAGUCUGUCUUUCUCGCAUCAGUCACAUAUUGAAGUAACAUUUUAGUUUUAUUUUGUUCAAAAGCAGUAUUAGUUAAGGCUGUUGUAUUGACAGAAGCUGUGUGUGUGUGUGUGUGUGUGUGUGUGUGUGUGUGUGU